AGAUGUUGUAGUCGAUGGUAAGAAAAAGAGGCUGUCAUACAAUUGGAGUUGACGAGCUAGAUGAGUCUUAUUCGUUUUCUAAGAAGAUGGCACAUUCUAGUAAAAUUUGGAUUGUUUGUCCUAAUUUUUGCUUCAUUUAUGACUGUAACAGUACUCAUCAACUCAACAGUGACUUCCAACACUCCACAGAACAGAUACUCCAAAGACUCUGACACUAACGAAAGGGGACAUGAUCCCCCAACUGAUGAUGUAAAGCCUACAGUGAAGGUGGAAAAAGAAGAUUGGCAGCCGGCAGCUUGGAAGGAAUCUGAUGAUAUCAAAAGAGUUCGAGAACAGUUACAGAAUCAUCUUAAGCAGUUACCUGCCGGGGAGACAGAAGAAGAGGCUAAGAAACGUGGGUUUAAUACCCACGGCUACAAUGCUAGACUAGCUGAUACGACACCCCUUAAUAGACAUGUGUCUGACAUGAGACACCCUAUGUGCCGGAGGAUGGGCUACCCUAGAAACUUACCUAAAGCUAGUAUUGUGAUCUGCUUCCACAACGAGGCACUAUCUUCCCUUCUGAGAUCAGUACACAGUAUAUUAAACCGCUCACCUCCUGAGCUGUUGGAGGAGAUUAUACUGGUGGAUGAUGCUAGUCACAGGGAAACACACCCGGACACGUUUGCACCGCUGGACGAGUAUGUUAAGAACCUCCCCAAAGUAAAGAUUCUCAGACAAGAUGCGAGAAUGGGGCUGAUCAGGGCUAGGUUAGCUGGGGCUGCCUACAGCAAGGGCCAGGUUUUAGUGUUUCUAGACUCGCACAUUGAAGCAACAGAGGGCUGGUUAGAAUCGCUGCUACAAAGAAUCCACACAAACAGACUCAUUGUUCCUGCUCCUGCUAUUGAUAAUAUCAACUAUGAAACGCUAGAUUACACCAAGACAGAUGGUAGCAAGGGUGGUUUUAAUUGGGCUCUGGUCUUUAAAUGGGUACCAAUGAACGAGACAGAGCGCUCCAAGUACUACAACUGGGAUCCUUUCGAAUCGCCCACCAUGGCAGGAGGACUAUUCGCAAUUCACCGUGACACAUUCUACGAAUACGGAACAUACGAUGAUGAAAUGAGUAUUUGGGGCGGGGAAAACCUCGAGAUGAGCUUCCGGCUGUGGAUGUGUGGAGCUAAGUUGGAGAUAGUGCCCUGUUCCCGUGUUGGACACAUAUUCCGGCUAAAGAACCCUGUAUCAUUUCCAGGGGGAACUAGUAACACUGUCAACCGGAACAACAAACGUUUAGCCGAGGUCUGGAUGGACGAGUUUAAGGAGAUAUUCUACUGGUACAGCCCGGGAAUGGACACACGCGACGCGGGGGACGUUUCAGGACGAUUGAAUCUGAGAGGAAGACUUCAAUGUAAGAGUUUUAAGUGGUUCCUUGACACAGUGUAUCCUGACUUAUUUGUUCCUUCCCUCCAUUACUACGCCAGAGGAGCUGUGUCUAACCCAGCCUCUAACUUGUGUUUGGACACUUUUGGAGCAGCAGACCAUUACCACACUGUAAAGGCGGGACUUUAUUACUGCCACAAUCAGGGUGGCAAUCAAGUGUGGUUAUUCACGCCAGAUUGCAGGAUUCUACAAGGAGACUUCUGUCUAGAGUUAACAGGUUCUCGUAAAGGAGAACCUGUACUGGGGCUCUGCAAGAAGAAGACCCUGUACCAGUCUUGGAAAUAUGAUGAUACUACAAAGCAGAUACGACACGUAAACUCCGGCCUAUGUCUGGACCGGGGCGUGAGGAAAUCCGACGAGUUCGUGCUAACAAGCAAAUGUAAUGGUUCACCCGGACAGAUUUGGGAGGUUUCCAUUCUUAAGAGUGAUGUGAAGCAAGUGUGCUGACAAACUGUGUACAUACCUUGAUAUCAGAAAAAUGCGUAACCAUGACAACAGUGAAUCACUCCUGUCACCAUAUCAACAUUCCUGUUACCAUAGCAACACUCCUGUUACCAUAUCAACAACGAUACACAUCUUGUGUUGCUGCAAUUUGUUUACGGAUCUCAAUUUAAUAAAAUAUUUGAUUCUUUUGAUUGGGUUUAGGAUCUACAUCAAGAUUUGUUAAUAAUUAUUUAGUUAUUAGUAAAUUAUCAAUUUUUAAAACGCUAUUACUAGAGACUAGAAAGGUUGCUUUAUUAAUUGAAUUAAGUUAUUUCGUCACGUUUCUUUAAGAUACUCUGCACUAGUAAUCUAGUAAUCUUAAAUAAUGUCACAAUUUAGUUCACAUUGCACAGUACGGUUAAAAUUAAUAUUUUAAAAUCGAUAAAUUAAUUUGUAAAUGUAAAUAAACACUGCAUAUAUCGUAGCAAAUCCAUUUUUCAUCUGUAAAAUAUCAAGGUGCCAGUUAAAUUACUCAAUAAGCUUGAGUUUUAAAAAGUGGUAAAUUAUGAAAAAUUUAAGGGUCAUCAAUGAACAUUUAGUCACAUAUUUAUAUCUUUAUAUGGAUAUUGUGUGCCUAAAUUAGAAGGUACUAGGAAUUUAUAUGACUUCUACUGUACUGGUGUUACAUUUUUUAUUGUAUUUAUUUGGUGUGCAGUUGUUUUUCAUGUUUAUCAUGUUUGCAGUUUUUUAAUCUAGCUGAUUUUAACGAUUCAACUUAAAAUUAUCUUUAGGUCGAGUCCCUGGCUGAAUUAGUAACGGGCCAGUUUCAUGCUAGCGACAGCACAAUGGUAUUAAACACUUGAUUUUGGACCAAUUUUUGGGUGAUAUUUUGAUUGAUUUGUUUUAAACUUUAAGGUUUAGGUAUUUAAAAACGUUUUGGUAAUUAAUUAACUCCGGUAAUUAGUUAAUUAUUUAAUUAUUCAAGUUUAACCAAGACUGGCCAAUGUUGCACUGUAUUGUUGGUUCAAAGUAAUACAGCUGUUAAAUGCAUCCUGGGGGAUUUAUAAUUUGACUGAAAUACUGACGCUAUUGUUAUUUUAAACAUUAGCUAUUUGUAAACUUACACGUUAUACGGAAUUUUCAUGUCACCUGUUUUUCCUCGCGUUAUACAAGGUUUUCAUGAUGUUAUACAAGGUUUUCAUGAUGUGCUGUAACUUCAAUUGAGCAUUACUGACUACAAACAAUGUUGAAUGUUAAACUUACAGCUUAAACUUACUGAUUGAAGCAGUUUUUUAAGUUACUAUUUGUUCUCAAAUCAUAGUAAAGUAGUACCUUCUUGCCAUUUGGAUGGCGAAAAUGGUCAUGAUCCCAUCUCCUCCUCCUCCCCUCCCCCCACCUAAGCCUUGGACGUAACCUAUCUAAUUCUCCUGAAAUUUUAUCACAAAAGAAGUAGUCACUGAAAAGUUCAAUUUCAGAAUAUAACACCCCAUGUAAUCGUCUGUUUUGUGUUUCAUUUUAUACGGUUUGCUAUCAAAUUUCUGUGAUUUUCAGUAGAUAAUUUAUUUACAGAGUCUAUC